GAAGAUUCUCCUAAUUUUUCUGACUUGAAGAAACGCCAGUGUUCGCUGAGUUUACGCCGCUUUUUUUCUUUUCCCUGAAAUGUAACUUCCGUCCUCACCAGGGUCCAUGAAGGUUCGGGCGGUCCCGGUACCUGGAGGUGUCGACAGGUAAGCGCAGACCGCGGCAGACACCGUGUUUCCCGAGGUGGGAGCUCCAGCAGCGGCAGGUUUCCUCUUUUUCCUGGAGAAAUGUCGGAGGAAAAGUUUGACCCAGAACUGCACGAAAGUGUCCGGGAGGCGGUGGGUUUGAACCUGAAGCUCAUCCUGAGGCGGAAAGUCCAGCUGGAGGUCAAAGGGGACAAGCUGGAGAACAAAGUUCUGGCUUUGACAUCACACAGAGCUUUUCUGCUGACUGUGCGGAUUCCUUCCAAGGUAGAAAGUUCUGUGAACUACCUGGACCUGCAGGGAGUGAGCAGCUGCAGGAACACACAGCUGGUUCUGGAAGGUGAUCGAGGCCCAUGGGUUCUCCGUCUGGGCUCUGCAGAGGAGGUGGACGAGGUCAUAGGUCAGAUCGGGUUCUGUUUGCAGCGGAUCUGUCCCGCCUCGUCACCCGUGAAGAUGAUGAGGAAGUUGAGUCUGAAGCCUCCAGACAGGACCACGGCGCUCCAGAACCGGUGGGACCAGAACUCAGUGGAGCUGGGACCUUGUGGUGGGUUCUCCCACCAGUACUGGUGUGUGUGUGACCACAUGAACCUGCCCUACAGAGAGGAGGUCCAGUGGGACGUGGACACCAUCUACCUGACCCAGGACACCCGGGAACUGAACCUGCAGGAUUUUGUCCACCUGGACACCAGAGACCUGGUGCCAAUCGUUGCAGCGCUGGAGUUUAACCAGUGGUUCACCAAAAUAUUCAGCAAAGACUACAAGCUGUCGUCAGACGUGUGCGACCAAAUCCUGCGUGUCGUGGCUCGAUCCAGUCGCCUGGAGGAGCUAGUGCUGGACAACACUGGGCUCAGAAGUGACUUUGCUCAGAAACUGGCGGUGGCGCUGUCUCACAAUCCUGCCUCAUCUCUGCACACACUCAACCUGAGCAACAACUCGCUGGAGGACAAAGGUGUGUGUGCGCUGGGUUCUCAGCUCUCCAAACUCCCAAUGGGCUUGAAGCAGCUCAACAUGUCCCGGACCCUCAUGUCCGCUAAAGGUGUCAACGGUGUGUGUCAGUCACUAGGCGCUAACCCUGCCCUCGCCACCUCACUGACGCACCUGGACCUCUCUGGAAACUCGCUGAGAGGAGACGACCUGCCGCAUCUUCACAACUUCCUGAGUCACUCCAACUGUCUGGAGACACUGAAUCUGUCGCACACUGACUGUUCACUGGAGCAGGUGACUGCAUCUCUGCUCAAAGGAUCUUUGAAACAUCUUAGUGUCCUCAACAUGUCCAAGACGCUCUACUCCCACAGAAAAUCUAAAGAGAUCCAUCCUUCCUUCAAGCAGUUCUUCAGUUCUGCUCAGUCUUUGAGUUCUGUCGUCCUGUCCGGAACCAAGCUGCCCCUCGAGGCUCUGAAAGCUCUUCUGUUGGGACUGGGCUGCAACCCGAACCUCAGCGACGUGUCUCUGGACCUCAGCAGCUGUGAGCUUCGCUCGGCUGGAUCUCAGGUUCUGGAGGGCUGCAUUGCUGAGAACCCCAACAUCUCCAGCCUGGAUAUUUCUGACAACGGUCUGGACUUGGAUCUCACCACCCUUCUGGUCUGGCUGGCGAAGAACCGCUCCAUCAGACACCUGUCCCUGGGGAAAAACUUCCACAACAUCAAGUCCAAAAAUGUUGCUCCGGUUCUGGACAAUCUGGUCCACAUGAUUCAAGAGGAAGAGUCACCGCUGACCUCUCUGUCUCUGGCCGACUCCAAACUGAAAUCUGACCUCUCCAUCGUCCUCAACGCUCUGGGCAGCAACACGUCCCUGACCAGACUGGACAUCAGUGGCAACUCAAUGGGCGACAUGGGAGCCAAGAUGCUGGCCAAAGCUCUGCAGAUCAACACCAAGCUCAGGACGGUUCUGUGGGACCGGAACAACGUGAGUCCUCAGGGUCUGCAGGACGUGGCUGCCGCUCUGGAGAAGAAUUUCACCAUCAGGUUCAUGCCGGUGCCAAUCGUUGACGCCGCUCAGGCUCUGAAGGCGAACCCGGAGAAGACAGAGGACGCUCUGCUGAAGAUGGGCCAGUUCCUGCUCAGGAACCACGAAACCCGAAAGUAUCUCCAGGAGCAGGCGUACCGACUGCAGCAGGGCAUUGUCACCAGCACGACGCAGCAGAUGGUAGACACCAUGUGUGUGAAGGUCCAGGACCACCUGAACUCUCUGCGGUUCACUAAGUCCAGCUCCGUUCAGGAGGAUGUGAAGGUGGCGGAGAACUUCAUGAGAGAUGCACGGAACUCCAAAACUCUGCUCCCACACUUGUACCACCUGAAGUCUGGGUCCUCGGGGGAGACCUGCGUCGGAGCCAUUCAGGACAAACUGGAGUCAAUGGCAGGGGAGGUGUCGGCCGUCCUGGACCAGCAGCUGCAGUCCAUGCUGGCGUCCAUGCUGGACUCUGCUGAGAGUCUCUGUCCUCACGUGAUGAAGAGGAGGGAGCUUCGCCCAGACCUGUUGAAGGCGGCGUCCGGGAGGCUGAACGUUCCUCGCAGCUUUGUCAAGUCCACGCUGCUGGAGCAGUCGGCUGUCGACAUCAUCAACAAGAUCAGUGAGGUGAAGCUCAGCGUCGCAUCCUUCCUGUCUGAUCGGAUCGUAGAUGAGAUUCUGGAGUCGUUGUCUCGGUCGCAAAGAACCCUGGCAGACCAUGUGAUCCGGAAGAGUCAGCCUCUGCUGCAUCAGGAUCCUCCCAAGGAGACCGAGGUCCUGGAUGAGACGGUGCUGGAGCCUGAGGAGGAGGUGAACAACGUGGCCUCCUGCAUGAUGACCAAGUCAAAGAGGAAGAGUAUUUUGGUGCGGAUGCUGCGUCCGGUUUCUGUGGCAUUCGAGGUGGAGUUUGACCUGGACAAAGCCCUGGAAGAAGUUCCAAUCCACGUGGAGGAUCCCCCUCCUCCUCCCCGGACCUCACAAUUCUGGGACCGGCUGUCAACCCACUUCACCGACCCGCUUCCUCCUCCGCCCCCGUCUCAUCCAGAGCCGAGUCCAACUCUGUCAGAGCUGCCUGUGCUGGAGCACAAAGUUCUGGAGAAUCACACCAAGCUUCGGCCCAAACCCAAGAAGAGGACAAAACCCAGCCGACCACGCAGGGAGGCGUCCAGCACCGCCACACCACAAGAGGGCGAUCAACAGAGCACGUUGGGGAAACUGGACGAAGGUCUGGACGAUUUCUUCUGUAAGAAAGUCAUCAAGCUCAGUUUCAAGCGCUCGGUCAGCAGGACGUCUUCGCAGGAAACGUCAGAGAAGAAACGGGAGUCCAGGAAGAGCGGCUUCUUUAACCUGCUCAAAUCUCGAGCGUCACGCUCCGAGAAGAGCCAGGGAGCGGCGCACUUGGCCGGGCCGGCGUCUCCCGUCACCGCCGCCGUUCUGCCGAAGGAGGCGAGGCCAACGUCGCCUCCUGCUGACGUCACGGCGGAGCUGCUGCCAGAGACCACCAGAUAUCCGUCUGUGGCGACCGACGUGGAAACAUCCGAGGCUGCGGAGGUUGAGGAGGAGAACCCAGAGAGGAGCGAGGAGAAGAUCGAGGAAGACAACCCGCCUGUGCUCCAUCACAUCGGGGUUCCUGUCCUGGGUCUGGAUCUGCUGGCCGAGAUGAAGGCCAGACAGGAGAAGAUGACGGCCAACAAGAGUGAAGCCCCGCCCACUCCUGAGGCAGACACAGACGCCGACGAGUACCGACCGGAGCCGGCACCCAGGUCCAAAGCUCCCACCGUCAGCCCGAGACCGUCUCCAGUAUUUAAACCACAGCUGUCUCCUCAAACGUCUGACCCUCUGCCGCUUCAGUCGGACCCGGACGGAACCAGCGGCAGCGGCUGUGCUAGUGACGUCUCCUCUGAGUCUCCGGCCGAUGUCGCCACUGUCUUACCGCCGCUCCCUGCUCCUCGCCUGAAGAGGUCACCAUCGGAGCAGGAGCGAGAGAGUGUCAGCAGCAGCGCGGAUGCCGCUUCACCACUGGACGGUGAGUUGCCGGAGGACGGCGAUAUCUUCCAGGACGGCGAUCGCGGCGGCCGCUCAUCUUCUCUGAAAAUACCCAGCAGACGCGCGUCUGAAGUGGACGAGGAGCGGGAGAGAGCCAAGUCGCUGCCUGCCAAUGCUGAUCUCAGUCCACCGGAAAGUCUAGCGCUCCCUGCUGGCCAUGAGGAGUCAGCUCACAUCCCUGAUGAUGAUGAUGAAAAGGAGGAAGAUUGACCUGAGGCCCAGCACUGACCCGUGCCGGGUCAGAGGUACACUGCGAUUGUUCACCAGACUCUGAUUUGGUCACACACAUUUCAGUGAGCAGGUUGUCACCAGCUCUCCCAACGCACACGAAUGACUGAGCUUCCACUGAAUCUCAAGUGAAAAGUUCCCAGUCCUGAAAGGUCACUGGUUUUCCACAGAGAAACCUCCACCCUGAUGCUGGUCCUGCCGCCGCUGACUUGGCUUCUCCUGCACAACACUUCUCUUCUGUAGAGACCUGCAUAUUUGAAAUGUUUGAAUUAAUAUAAAAUCAUUUAGAUUUUUACCUUUGUUUUUAAAGCAACUGUGUGCUUUCCUCUCCAGGUGUUGUGGGUUCAUAUGGUUUCCAUGGUGACGGGUCAUUUUUGGUGGCAAAUAUUUUUAGACAAAGACUAAGAAAGUUGUACGUUUCAGAAGAUGUAAAUGUGUCAGAUGAAAAAUAAACAACGUGUGGACUGUUCGUCCGCUUCCCGUCCGACAAGUGAAGUCGGGUCGGCACCACACUUCCUCACAGUUCGAUUCCAGCUCUAGUCCACUCUGACUUCGAGACAGUCGUGAGUCCUCUCUGAGCUAGGGCUCAUCGCUGCCUUACUCCAAUAUAUCAACCUUCA